GUUUCUGCGAAGUGACCAUAGUGGCCUUUCACCAAAGUCUGGCUUCAUUUUCUACCACAAUUCAUCGUGCAUGGUUCUGAUAAUACAGCUAUAGGGCUCACUGUCUGUUGUCUUUAAAAUGGACCAGCCCGUCCUUGUUUAUGCGUUCACUGCUCUGGCCAUCUCGUUACCUUGUCUCUAUCUAGCUCUCAUCUUGCUUUCGCCUCCCCCAAUAAUAACCCGACCAUCAGAAAAGACAUACCGCUCACGGAAAUCCCUCAAAGACCCCCUCAACCUUCCAUCUCUCGCCGAUACAGGCUCCAUUGAUCUCAGUGUCAUCAUUCCCGCCUACAAUGAGACAUCCCGUCUCCCAUCCAUGCUCGAAACCACACUAAAUCAUCUUAAAUCAGCUUCCAUACGCAAGACACGCACAUACGAGCUCGUCAUCGUCGACGACGGUUCAAAAGAUGACACGUCUGCACUCGCGCUAAAAUUGGCACAGCAGCACCUCAAAUCCGAUAUUCGCGUCGUCACGCUCGAAAAGAACCUUGGCAAGGGCGGUGCGGUACGCCAUGGUAUGCUACACGCACGCGGAAACAGGCUGUUGAUGGUUGAUGCAGACGGUGCAAGUCGUUUUGAGGACUUGGAGCUGCUAUGGAAGAAGAUGGACGAGCUUGGGCCGAAGAAUGAGCCGGUGAUGGUUGUCGGCAGUCGAGCGCAUCUCGUCAAGACUGAAGCUGUGGUCAAGCGCUCCGUGCUUCGCAACAUCCUCAUGUAUGGCUUGCACACUAUUCUGCGCAUAGUAGGCGUAGGGCACAUUCGUGACACGCAGUGCGGAUUCAAACUCUUCUCCCGCCGCGCCGCACAACAAAUUUUCCCUGCCCAACAUCUUGCCACUUGGAUAUUUGACGUCGAACUCCUCCUGCUUGCGAAGCAGCUGGGUAUACCUGUUGCAGAAGUCCCUGUACAGUGGCAUGAGGUGGCGGGGAGCAAACUGAAUGUUGUCAAGGACUCGCUACAGAUGCUUAGGGAUCUGCUCGUUCUCCGCGCUAACCAACUCACCGGACGAUGGAAAGUUUCCCCAUGAUAUACCAUCACUCAUGGAAAAGUAGAUUUUUGUCUUUGCGCACGGUAGAUGUGUUCUCACUGGCUCUGCAAAGACAACUUGGAAUAUAUCGUGAUUGUACAUAAAGCAACAUUAAUUGUUAUAUAUGUAGCAUUGCAGGCCGAGGCAUGGCCGCGCUGG